CCUUAUUUCUGGUCAGAAAUAUACACCAAAAUCUGCCAACGUCGCUUUUUAUGGUUGGUAGAUGAAGUAGUGGACACGAUUGGAGCUAUUGAAUCGUAUCGUUUGUAGAAAAAUUUUACUCUCGAAGUUGGUGUGUGGUCCCUGAUAUUGGCAAUUGGGUUGUUGAGUGGCAACUUUGUCAUUGCGAACACACCAACCCCCACCCGCCAUCUCUCAAAUACUCUGCUUCUGCUUCUCCCCAGUCUCAACCCCUCCUAGGAUCUGUCUCUUCAUCCAAAACCCAUUUUUGUUGGUGACACUGAUAGUUCCAGAUCCAGUUAAAGAUGAAGGUGAUAGAAAAGAUCCAAUCUUUGCAGGAGGACCAAGGGAAAGUGGUGUUUUCCUUUGAGUUCUUCCCUCCAAAGACUGAGGAUGGAGUAGACAACCUGUUUGAGAGGAUGGAUCGUAUGGUUGCCCAUAAUCCAUCAUUCUGUGACAUUACAUGGGGUGCAGGUGGUUCUACUGCUGAUCUCACCCUGGACAUUGCUAACAAGAUGCAGAACAUCAUCUGUGUGGAGACCAUGAUGCACCUCACUUGCACCAAUAUGCCUGUUGAAAAGAUCGACCAUGCUCUUCAGACCAUCAAGUCCAAUGGCAUUCAGAAUGUUCUUGCCCUCCGAGGUGACCCUCCUCAUGGCCAGGACAAGUUUGUCCAGGUGGAAGGUGGCUUCGCCUGUGCACUUGAUCUGGUGAAACAUAUCAGAGGCAAAUAUGGUGACUAUUUUGGUAUAACAGUUGCUGGUUAUCCAGAGGCACAUCCGGAUGCCAUAGGAAAUGACGGUGUAGCUACACCUGAAGCUUAUCAGAAUGAUCUUGCUUACUUGAAGAGAAAGGUUGAUGCAGGAGCUGAUCUGAUUGUCACUCAACUGUUUUAUGACACCGAUAUCUUUCUCAAAUUUGUCAAUGACUGUCGCCAAAUUGGAAUUAAAUGUCCUAUUGUGCCGGGUAUUAUGCCCAUUAAUAACUACAAGGGUUUCUUGCGUAUGACUGGCUUUUGCAAAACUAAGAUACCAGCUGAGAUUACUGCUGCCUUAGAGCAUAUCAAGGACAAUGAAGAAGCCGUCAAAUCCUAUGGAAUUCACCUUGGAACGGAAAUGUGCCGCAAGAUUUUAGCUCAUGGGAUUAAGACAUUGCACCUUUAUACAUUAAACAUGGAGAAAUCGGCAUUAGCUAUACUAAUGAAUCUUGGAUUGAUUGAAGAAUCCAAAAUUUCCAGGUGUUUACCUUGGAGACGCCCAGCAAAUGUUUUUCGUGUUAAAGAAGAUGUUCGCCCAAUAUUUUGGGCUAACCGUCCAAAGAGUUACAUAUCCAGGACUAUUGGUUGGGACCAGUACCCACAUGGGCGAUGGGGUGAUUCACGAAAUCCAUCAUAUGGUGCACUAUCUGACUAUCAGUUCAUGAGGCCCCGAGCACGAGACAAGAAGCUUCACGAAGAAUGGGCUACCCCAUUGAAAAGCAUUGAUGAUAUUCAAGAGAAAUUUAAAAAUUAUUGCCUGGGUAAGUUGAGAAGUAGUCCUUGGUCAGAAUUGGAUGGGCUUCAACCAGAGACAAAAAUCAUACACGAACAGCUGGGAAGCAUCAAUUUGAAGGGCUUCCUUACCAUUAAUAGCCAACCAGCUAUCAAUGGAGAACGAUCUGAUUCUCCAUCUGUUGGUUGGGGUGGCCCUGGAGGUUAUGUUUACCAGAAGGCUUAUCUUGAGUUUUUCUGCUCGAGGGAAAAAUUAAAUGAGCUUGUCAACAAGUGCAACUCCUUCUCAUUUGUUACCUACUUUGCGGUCAACAAAAAUGGGAACUUGUUAUCAAACAUUGGCUUGACAGAUGUUAAUGCUGUAACUUGGGGGGUCUUCCCAGCCAAAGAAAUAAUCCAGCCAACUGUGGUGGAUCCUGCCAGUUUCAUGGUGUGGAAGGAUGAAGCAUUCGAAAUUUGGUCGAGAGCAUGGGCAUCCUUGUACCCAGAUGACGAUCCAUCCAAAAAUUUGCUUGAAGAGAUUCAGAGCAGCUACUAUUUGGUCAGCUUGGUUGAUAACGAUUACAUAGGUGGUGAUAUUUUUGCUGUUUUUGAAGAUCUUUAAGCUAUGUUCAACUCAUCAAAUCUCUUAAGCCCAUUUAAGGCUUCCUUUCUCCAUCUAUUAUUUUUAGUUUUUACUGCCUUAAUUGUAACAUUAUUUGGAAUAAUGACAUCAACAAAAAGAAAAAAGAAAAUUUUCUCAGUAGGAUUUUCACAUUUUUUUCAUUGAAAUUAAAAGUCCAUUGUUAUAUUAACAGAUCAUAUUAUUAUUGACAAAUAAUAAAACGGUAACUCAUUAGGUAACAGUGGAGC